GCCUCUUCCUCUUGCGUCCAGGCCCGGGACUGUGCGCCUCGACCGCGGCAGGGAGCUGGGAUCCCGCGUCCACCUCGCCGCUCUCGCUGCCUGGCCCUCGGCCUCGGACGCUCCGCGCGGCUCGGAGGCCCAGCCCAUGGGAAGCCCCUGGACGCGCUGAGGCGCCGGACGACGAGCCGCUGCGAAAAUGAUGCAUCCUGUUGCCGGCAGCAAUCCAGCUUUCUGUGGGCCUGGCAAGCCUUCCUGCCUCAGUGAGGACGCCAUGAGAGCUGCUGAGCAGUUUGACAUAUAUUCCUCCCAGCAAAGCAAAUACAGCCACACGGUUAGCCACAAACCCAUGGUUUGUCAGAGGCAAGACCCAUUAAAUGAAACACACUUGCAGACUACAAGUGGCCGAAGCAUAGAGAUAAAAGAUGAACUAAAGAAAAAGAAAAAUCUCAACCGAUCUGGUAAGCGUGGCCGGCCUUCGGGAACCACCAAAUCGGCAGGAUACCGGACCAGCACGGGCAGACCCCUGGGAACCACCAAAGCAGCUGGAUUUAAGACCAGUCCAGGCAGACCUCUGGGCACAACUAAAGCUGCGGGAUACAAAGUCAGCCCAGGGAGGCCUCCGGGUAGCAUUAAGGCUCUGUCCCGCCUUGCUGAUCUUGGUUACGGCUGUGCCACUGCUGCCUUUCCUUACCCUAUGAUGCAUGGCAGAGCAAUGCACGGGGCAGAGGAGAGCAGCAGUGAGGUCAAGCCACCCAAUGAGUGAGGGUGGCGGGAGAGGAGGCCAGGUUCAGAAGGAAGACGGUGAAUUAUUCCAAAGCUUCUUGGUUUUACUUUAUCGUAAAUCAUUUUAUAGCCUGGGCUUUCCAGCUUUGUUUUGCUGUUUGAUUUCCCCCCUGCUUUUGCCUAGAUGAUGCCGUCUGCUGACAGAGGCACUCAGGGCACACUUGUGGGGCACUGCAUUGGAACAUGGGCUCAGAUGUGGCAUCUGGCUGAAUCAAUUUUCUUUUUCUUCAGCAUUAGCAUUGGGUUUCAUGUUUCAUUACUUGUUUUAGGCCAUUCUGAAUAGUUGCUUUGUGUGCUUAACAACUGAAAUCAUUAUACCUGUUAGUUUGGGAAAUAAGUCUGCAGUAUAAUGUACAAUCUAAGAUAUUUUUAACUGAUGGAGCAGAAAAACGAGCUAGUGAUUCAGGUUUACUAGCGGUCAUGGCUGUGGGUUUUAGUCACGUUGAUUGUCAUGAGACAGGACAGAGGUGUGUCAAUAUAUGCUUUGGCAUUUAGUAGAUUCCAAAAACUUAAAUUAAUGCUCUGGGUUGAAGCAGCUUCUGCGUUGUGUGGCAUUAAUUGAUUUAACUGUUAUUCCUGAAGAAUUCUUCAGUGCUUACCUUUCAGGAUUGAAAAGUUGCUGUAUUUUUUGAGUGGCUAAGAGCAUAUAGACCAAACGUCACAAGCAAUUCACAUUUGCAAAAAAUUAAAACUUAAAACAUUGCACAUUACAUUUUUGGUAAAAUAUAGUGCUUUUUGAGAACAGCAUAUUUAAUAUAACAUUCUUAAAGUCUGCAUGUAAUUAUAGUCACUAAUUUUUCUUUCAUGUAUUUAGUGAGUUUUAUAGUAUUAUGUUGAAAACCUGUAUUAGUGUUACUCAUUGCUUUGGAAUGUUUAGUUUUUCUGGGAAAGUGUCCCCUUGCAUUAGCACUUACAGCUUCAGGUUUGUAUCUACCAAAGGCCUCAAACUGGAUGGUACACUGUAACACUGGUGUAAACCAAAUGUGGUUUCUUGACCAUCUGAACCCAAAUAUGAAGAAGUAUAUAGAAAUACAUCUAUGCAUGAAACAUGAAAAAUUUACUUUGAGAAUUUUUUUCUGUCUCCUGGGAGACAGCUUCAUCUAAAAAAAGUUUUCCUCUAGCCCUGAUCCCUACCCAAUACUGCUUGCUUUAGAAGCAAGACAAAAAAAGAGAAAAAGUUAUUGGUAGAUAAGUGUGCUAGGGACAGAAGGAAACUUCCCUCCUUUCUGAAAGUAGUAUUCCAUGUUAAUAUACAUUUUAUUUAUUCUGAGUUUGUUCUAAAGAAAGUAGGAACUUUGGAUUUGCAACAUUACAAUGUUUAUACUUAGGAUUUUAAAUGCCUCUGAGAUUAAAAUAUACAUUGCCGGACCCAAAAACUUAACAAUAAUUAAAAUUGUAAAAGGGCACGUACUGCAUUGUUUGGGCAUGCUCAGUUAACGCAAACUCUGGUUGCAAAUGGACUUGAUGUUUCCUACACUGUCAGGUUCAGCAGCAAGCCUGCAGGUGUCCCAGUGACGCCUGCCCAGUGAGCUGGACUUUGUUCUGCUCUUCAUGGUGAGGAGCGUUGCAUGGUGUGGGGUCUGUGCACUGGCACCUACUACAGGAACCUCAGCAACAGUGGCUUUGCACAAACAGAGAACAGUGUUGGGUGACUGCAUCCUUAGUUGUAACAUUCUGGCAGCUAAGUUGCUACAAGUUGCUUCUUGCAGAAGGUUAAAAUGUAAGACUUUUCAAUAUUUACUCAGAAUAGUAUAACUUAUACACAAAUACUUGUAUUUUUAUUCAUUUAUUCAUCAUGUGCUCACUUUUUUAUGUAUCUGUCACUUAGCUGUUUUUCACAGUGUUUUUCAGCUUGAUGUUUCUCAAGCUAAUUCCUGCAGGCAGUUGUUUAAUUAAGCGUUCUGCCAUAGAGUAAUACACACUCUUGUUAGAACUUUGGUUACUGUUGUAUUUUACAGUAAGUCCAUUGCCUGUUCAGUUUAUUCUUAGCCCUGAUUUAGUUAUUGCUACUCUUUCUCUGCCCUUUCCUACAUUCACUCCCUCCCCCAGCCCUCCAGCACAUCUACUCAGUGGUGCUGUGCUGUCACAAGACGAAGCAGGUGUAUUAUUGCAUAAUGAAUUUUGUGUACAUGUUUUUGAAAUGGUGAGAUCAGCUGAAGAGGGUGUGUUCAUAACAGUGUAUAUUGUUAGCUGUGUCCCAGGACAGAAAGGUGAAUGACUGCACUUGAGAAGUCCUGCAGAAAGCCGAUUCAUUGUUGCUGUGAGCUGUAUACACUGGUGAACAUCUCCAGCUUCCACUUCACUGUUCUCCCUGUGAACAGUUUACCAGUGCCAUGCUGAAGAGACAUCUAAGUGAUAAUAUGAAUGAAGUCUUAAAAUAUAGAAUAUUUUUACUUCUAUAUAAUCUAAUGACCACAUUGUGCAUCUUUUGUAACACUGUCUCUUGUCAUGAUUAACACUGAAAUAGCAUGUUUAAAGGUUGCCUAUACUUUAACAGAGUCAGUUGGGGAAAACUGGUUUUUCCCUCUGCUGUAUGAUUGUUCCUUGAAAGGUAAAUUGCUAAUUUUAUACUGUGUAAUUCUGUUCUUUACAAAAUAGGUAUCACUAUUCUGUAUUAAAACUGUUGGUCAGAAAAUGAUCUGCUGUUCAAGUAAGUUUGCUUUACUUUUUUCUUUUAAAAAAGUAUUUUAACAUGCCUUAUUUAUUAUUCUUCUAUUAACAAAUAAGGAGCUAAUACAGAUAAAAUUUUCAUUUUUGACAGAUACAGUCUUGCAUAACUGAUCUUUAGUAUGGGAUGAUUUUGAUACUGUCUUUGGAGUUUUGCACUGGAUAUUAAACACAUUGGCAUCAUAUAUUAGAAGAAAAUAAGUAGUAUCUGGUUUGAUUUUUAAUAUUUGGGGACUUUUUAAAAUCAGUAUUUCAAUUUGUCUAAUAAUCCUUUAUAUUUUUAUUUACUUUUUAAAGCAAAUAUCCGUCAACAUAGUGUUCAUUCUAAGCUGGUAUUUGUGUGAAUUUGCAUAUAUGGUUUCACAAAUUAGGACUAGAGUUUAACAAAGGGGAAAACAUCUGGAUCCAUUUACUAGGUGAAGAGUGAUCCAUCUGGUGUAAGAAUGACCAGUGUGUGAACUUCAGGAAAAAAGAAAAACAACAACUCUGUAUUCUAAAAAGCUUUAAAAGAACAAUCCAGGGGAUAUUAAAGGUAACUGUUAGUCAUUGUCUCUAUAUGCAGUAAAAUUUUAUGAUCCCUUCCUAGUGAAAUAUGAAAAUUCUUGAUAGUUACUCAAAAUGCUGUUUCCUUUUCCCCUUGGACAUAAAUGGUGAUGCUGUUAUGUUUUUGUUUUUAUUAUGACUUCACUUUAUGCUCCUAAACUCUAGGAUGUAUCUGAAUCUUUCCAUUGCUUCCCCCGCCACCUUCCUCCCACGUACACAAAUCUGUGCCCUCACAUGUAUGUGUUUAAUUUUUGGAAAUAUAAUGUUGUAGUAAUUCAAGUGUGUGAUUUAAAAUAAUCAGUUCACUUUGAUUCUUAAUAAGUUUUCAAAAUUUCCUUUUCCACAGAUGAUUAUGGGGAAAGAUAAUUACCAAUUAAUUGAUAAGCACGCUGUCCUCUGCUGUAAAAAGUCUGAAUAGAUACUGUGUAUGUUUUUAUGUCCAUGAACUUGAGCUACUCGUGUGCAAUUACGUGUAUGGGAAUGGAGUAGUGUUCAUGAUUUGUAUCUACAUCAUCAUAUGGAUGUAUAUUUAUUAAUAAAGUCAUUACUUUAAAACCA